AACUCUUUGUCCUCAAGACGUUUCCGCUGCCAGCGGUAGUUUAGCUUUAGCAUAGCUCUGCCUCGGUAAGUUAAGGGAAUUCUGCUGUAGAGGCUUUAGAAAGACACUAGACUUUUCUUCGAGACACUUAGAAAAAUGUGUUUGAAAGGUAGAGUCAACAAUAACUCUGCUGUUUAAAAUUUAAUGUACCGGCACUGAGACCUACCAAAAAAAGAUGCUAAUGCUAAUUUUUGCAAACGUUAGUUGCUGUGGGCGUGUUGUGUCUUUAUUGGCUGUUGCGUUGUGGAUCGUUGAUUGACGGUUCUUAGCCUAAUCGUAAUCGGUGAUCACGAGUCAUGAUAGGUAGUUUAGAGCUUAAAGGGGCUCCGGUUCCGCUAACGUUUAUGUUCGGCGGCUAUCAAUGGUGGCUGCAUUCCUAUGCUAGCUAGUUAGCCGUGUAAGUUUACUGUAACUUCAGCUAACUGGUCAGACGGGAUGCACGCUAUAAAGAGUCUGUUGUAUUUAAUCUAUGUUUGUAAACAACUGUUAUUUUGAAGGGUUUAUCACAGGAAAUUGAAGAGCAAAAGAUUGAAACACCUGAGAGACCGGGAACAAGCGGCUCCACCAUCUUGGCCCGUGAAGGCACCACGCUGUGAACGGGAUGCGGGCUGGUCAGUAGAACCGCGUCUCUGCAAGGAAAACGACACUUCGGACGGCUUGUUUUAUAGAUUGGUGCACACAUGAGCGUGGAAGGGGUGGAGAGGCCGCAGCUCCUUGGCAGCGAGCCAGUGGGAGGAGAUGUGGGACAAAGCAACACCGAGGAGAAUCCUGAGAAGGAACCAGCACCAUCAGAAGGUCUGAAGGAGAUACCCAGCUCCACCCCAGUCCUGCUGGAGGACACCCCUGAAGAUGACAAAGAUGGGGUUAAAGCUGCCGCUGGUGAACCACCAGUGGACUGGUUCGAGCCACUGGAAGAAGAUGAUGAUGCUGUUAGUGCUGACCUACAGGACCCAGAUGAAGAAAGCCUGGCAGGAGAAGCUGAGAGUGUGGCAGGCAGCGAGAGAGUCGCCUCAAAGAUCCGUAUAAUCCAGGGGUAUCGGCGUAAGCGAGCCCACCGUGAUGAGGGAUGGAUGGACUGCCCGUCGCUCGGAGAAGGUUGGAAACGGAAAGAGGUUGUCCGACGCUCGGGCUCAAGUGUUGGCCAGAAGGAUGUUUACUACAUGAGUCCGCAGGGUCACCGGGUGAGAAGCAGAGUGGAGCUGGCCACGGUGGUCCAGGGGAGCCUGGACUUGUCACACUUUGAUUUCAAAACGGGGAUGUUUCAUGAGGGCAACGCCACGCCUUUCAGAAUUCGACAGAGAGUCAAGAAAAAGGUUCGGGAGCGUUCUUCGUCAGAGUCCAGCUGGAUGGAGAGAGGAGACGGAGCGGAUACUCCGGACUCCUACCACAGACUCACCCCAAACAUCAAACAGCAGCAGAUCCAGACCAGCGUCUCCUGCAACAGCUCAUCAGGAACUUACAAACCCAGCCACGAAUACCAGCCGGUGGUGGAGAAAAUCAAGCUUCCUCCUCCCUCCUCAUCCCGGCUGCUCCCCCUUCCGUCAGUAAAGGGAGAAUUCGGGGCAGAGGACAGUAUUCUGGUUUGUGCCAAAUGUGGCGUUUCCUUCACGGGGACCUGGUACGACAAACAGAGGAAGAGGCCCUGCUGUCCGUCGUGCUGGGAAUCGUCAAAGUCUAAAGUGCAUCCGCUGAUCCGUUUCAGAAAGUGGAUCCCGUGUGGUCAGUGUGUGGGGUGUCACAACUCAGUCAACUGUGGGCAGUGUGCCAACUGCAAACACGGACUUCAGAGCCCCGAAGCCAAGAAACGCGUGUGUCGGAAACGCAGGUGCAUCUGCCCCAUCCGCAAGAACCCGGCCAGCAGCAGCCUCUCCGCUGGGAUGAUUUUCGCCGACGGCUCUGAAAUGUUUGAUGAUGAGGACUUAAACUUCCAGAAUGAAGUCACAGACUCACAGCACCAGAGCUUCAGAAGCAGCGACACAGAAAACUUUGCAGCCAGCAUGGAUCUGGACGAGGAGGAGAUGUCGACCGACGACGACGACGACUGGCAUAAGAAGCGGAAGCGGCGUUCCUGUGGAGAAUGCCAGGCCUGUCUGUGCAGGAGAGACUGCGGCACGUGCGAUUUCUGCGUGGACAAACCCAAAUUUGGAGGCAGCAACAAAAAGAGGCAGAAGUGUCGACUACGGCAGUGUCAGAGACAAGCCAUGAGACAUUUGUUGCCCUUCCAGAUGGGAAUGAGCGAGCAUGUUCCAGACGGGCCGCAGCCGCCAGGGAGGCCCAGACCUCACUACACUUACAGCCGCAAGGAUGGCUCGAAGAGAAGCAGGGGACUGCCGUCCGCUCUGGAUUUUUCCGACAACGAGGACGAGGACAGUCGGUCACAACAAAUGUGCUGGAGCUCAGAUCCUGGGAGGGGGACCAGACUCUCCUCUGAUGGGAACGCCAAAAACUACCAAUCACCUAUGCAGCUGAAUCACUCAGAGUUCGGAGUGGGGAACGGGCUGCCGGACCGACACCCCCACAUCAGCAACCAUAACUACUCUCAGCCACUCCGAUGGGACACCAGCAGAGACGCUCCAAACCAGGUGGAGGAGGAAGAGCUACCGAUGAUCACCCAGAUCUACAGUCUGGCUGACAACCCGGCCGAGGCGGGCGUGGACCAGGAGAACCAGCUGACGCAGCUGCUCCACUCGUUACGCUCCUCCGUGCUGCCCAUCCUAUGGUACGCUAUAAUGGUGGAGGGGCCCCAGCUGCAGCUCACUCAGUGCUCCAAGCAGUCCAGCAUGGCAGACACCGUGGUGCUGAUCGACCCGAGUUUCUGUUAUUACAUCACGGUCCAGAAGCAGCCGCUCCUCCCCACACACUCCAUCUACAACAGCUUCCCAGGACGCUUGAGCACCGCCAAUGAGGUGGUGAGCCUGCUGCUGACCCUGGAGAGGUACAUCGUCUGCCACGGACUACCGCUGAAGGAGCUGAUGUUUCCCAACACUCCGGUGGUUCUGGAGCGGGCCGCCACCUGUGAGUUCCUGGUGAAGAAGAACGAGCCCGUCUGCGUCAACUGCAGAGCGCUGCGGAGACUUUAGACUGUCGGGGCCACGAUAAUAAUCAUUACACCCAACAGACUUGACCUCUGACCAAAGGAAUUUCAGCGGCUGGAAGAGUUUACUCCGCUUCGGCUUGUUCUUCAUGUUUCAUUAAAGGGGGUGGGGUCUGAGGGUCCACCUGGUGGUCUGAUGUCACAACAUCCAUCAGCUCUGCUUUUACAACCUCCAGCAUUAGAGAGGCUCCUCUGCAUUCCUGUCAGCGUCCACCGUAACGUCUUACUGGGUUUACUGGUCUGUUCUCAAACCUGCCUGCUGGGAAAGGCCUCAACACACACCGUCAGCGCCACAACACUACCUCUCCACCCACACACACUUUCAUCUGGGCCUUUUGAUUUUCCCUUCUUUUUCUAACUGAUGCAGGUUUUUUUUAUUUUUAUUUUUUUCAACGAUUUAAUCGGUCAUUUAGAAACCAGUCACUCACCAACCCGUUGGGUUCCUCUGCUGUUCUGAUCAUGCAGUAAAAUAUCAGUUAGUUACUGGAAGUUUUACCAAAUAUUGAUGUAAAUCGUUGGUUUCUCCUAAACAAAGCAAUAGCCUACCUCUUCAUUCUGAUGCUUUUACACGUUUAAAAGCAAGUGAGGCACAUUUUAGCUGACUUCGGCUAAUUUAGUCACGAUGAGGCUGAAGUCAAAACCAAUGAGAAGCUGAGAGCUCGAGUUGGUUAGGACUGCUGGGGAAUGUGUGUGUGUGAGUGUGUGUGUGUGUGUGUGUGUGUGAGUGAGUAAUGUACAGAGAUCAACAGGCUUCUUCUCACGUUUCUGUUCCUGGGCGUUCCAGCAUUUAUGUCAUAUUUAAGUUGGAUUGGGAGUGAAGCCUCCGGUCGCUCCUGUCCUCUGAGAUGUUUUGGGUUUUCUGACAAUGUGAAACUUUUCUGAAUUUUCAACAUGUCUUACGUUCAGCUGACGAAACUUUGUCAGUCUAUGAAAUAAAACAUUUUGAUUAUUUGA